CGAGUCCACACCUCUGGUUCAGUCCAUAUGUGACAGUGACUUGGUUGCCUCCAAUGUGUGGUGACCCACUGUCUAAUGUUCCUGAAAACCUGGCAAGUCAUGACAUCAUUUUACUACCUUCUUGGACGAGCAAUCACUGGAUGAUCUGUGUAUGUGUCAAUAUAAUACAUAAUGUCAAGUAAAUAAAUAGAAAAUAUAAAACUCUUCCACUUAUUUUAGAUAUAAAACCUGAAAAGUAAGGAUUCAGUUCAUGAAAUGUAAUGUUAAAGUUGCACUGUCAUAGAUCAUGAAGCCAAAAAAAAGGGAGAUCUAUUGGCUUGAUUCCCUCUCUGGACGAGGCUUCAGUGAUACACGCUACUUGAGCAGUUACAGGUUUAUGAGUGAAAAGUUCAGAGUUCGGGAUAAUGGUAGUUCUGUUUUAAACCACAUAUCCCCGUUUUUGUUUAUUUUUGUUCACUUUUUUCCUCUUUGUUCAGAUUUAUCUAUCUUUAUAUGUUCAUUGAUGUUCUUUUAAUCAGUCCCAUCUGAAUGUCUGACGGACUGUAGGCCCUGUGAUGUAAGAGCUUUCAAUUUAAAUGUUUAAUGUUUUGUAUGUUUGUUUCUUUUAAUAUUGUUCUCUACAGAAAACUAGCACAGCAUGUAUGUUCAGACACAUGGGAUGAGUACAGUGCUGAUGAAAUUCCAGGCAUUCCCAAACAACACUGCUCAAAUAACUGUGGAGUGUUUGUGUUGAUGUAUGCUCUAUACAUUGUGAUGGAGGGGCAUUUUGAUUUUGAUGAGUCUGACAUGCAAGUGCUAAGACACUGGUGGUGCAUAGUUUUGCUGACAAACUACCCCUUGAAGUCAGAUGCUGAAAGAAAAAGCCUCAGAAAAAGAAUGAGAACGCAGAGAGCAGAGGCAAUCGACCCCGUCCCAGCUGACGAUUAUCUGACCACGAUGCCUCCUGAGAUCCUGCGGCAAAUCCUUUUGAAGGUCAUCACAGAGGAUGGUGAUGUGGCUUUCCUGCGCCUCUCCUUGACGUGCAGGAUCUUCAAAGAAAUAGUUAGCAAUGCUAAAUUCAGGGAGCAGGCUCACUACAUCUGGCUGGACAGUGUCAUCGACUGGAGUAGGUUUUCUGAGGACUACAAAAAAGAGUUCAGAGUGCCAUAUUCCUUGACUGAAUGCCCUGAAUGUGGGGACAUUUUUAAAGACUGCCCACCUGGGUAUGUUGGGGAUGGCAGGAAGGGAGUCCUGCGAGGAUUUUACUCCACCAUCGACUUCCCAGGAUACUGCUCAGCAGAGUGCCACUUUAAUGCUGGAGGGGAAUUCCCCUAUGAAAAUAUUUAAUUGUUUUUGUUUAUUAAAGACAAUCAAAAAACUGCUGUAUCUUAAA